GAGAAGACGUUGCCUUUUGGCGGUUCGAUUUAGGAUCUUUUCGACGUUUUAAGGGACUUAUUCACGCCAAGUUCUCAUGUUGCACAGUACAGAGGAGUUAGAAAGGUUGCGGUUAAAGAUUUAGUGGUGAAAUACCGACGGAGUUACACCUUGGAGGGAAAAUGGUUUGCGCUGAAUAUACCACUUUAGCCUCGCGAGUCGUUGAGGUCCUAACUUCCUAAGUUAGCUCACUAGUUUCACACUAUAUUGCAAUAAGCGAACUAUUUAACACGUAUUGAGUCAUAUCUUGUUUUACUUUUAAAUAUUUUUUUAAUAUCCACGCAAGGCCAUGACGUCUCGCGGAUACGUUUCAGACACCCCUCUCGGUGCAAUGGAUUUUCCCAUCAUGGACUCUUUUCACUGACGGUAAAUAUUGCUCCUUCUUCAACGUCUAAACUGGGCGUCUGUCCGCUCCGGACGUGUUAGAACAACGUUCUUGAAUACAUUCGCGUGUUUGCUGGCCGGGUGCGUCGCAGGAACCGUGGACUGGCCUUCGGGAGAAUGGAACCGUAAUCGAGGGGCCGUGUGAAGCAGGCAGCGCCGCUUGUACGUGCUUCGGGUUCCCAAUGAGAAGCGCACAGCCGCGCUGAGCUCUCUGUGUGUGUGUGUGUUUGUGUUUAUGUGUGUGUGUCCGUGGGACUGAUGGUGUGUAAUUAACCACGCUGCCCGUUGUGAUCAGACGCCCCCCUCAUCCGCCCGCCGCCGCCGCCGGCACACAGCACCAUGAGCGAGCUGAAGGACUGUCCCCCGCUGAAAUACUACGACUUCAAGCCGGUGGAGCAUGUGAAGCUGUGCCCCCGCUACACCGCCGUGCUGGGCCGCUCCGAGGACGAUGGCAUCGGCAUCGAGGAGCUGGACACCCUGCAGCUGGAGCUGGAGACCCUGCUGUCUUCAGCCAGCCGCCGCCUCCGGGCCCUGGAGGAGCAGAGACAGAUCCUCACGGACUGGCAGGACAAGAAGGGAGACAAGCGUUUUCUGAAGCUGAGCAAGGACCCGGACCCCGGCGCCCCGGUGCGCCACAAGCCCAAGAAGCAGAAGCUGGACGGCAAGGGCGGCCACGGAGCAGGCCCCGGGCCCGGCAGGCCCAAAUCCAAGAACCUGCAGCCCAAGGUUCAAGAAUACGAGUUCACGGAUGAUCCGCAAGACAUCCCCCGCACUCCAAAAAACGACGCUCCCAACAGGUUCUGGGCAUCGGUUGAACCUUACUGUGCCGACAUAACAAACGAAGAGAUCCGACUGCUGGAGGAGCUUCUGAAACCUCCGGAGGACGAGGCCGAGUAUUUUAAAAUUCCGGCGUUGGGGAAACACUACUCGCAGCGGUGGGCUCAGGAGGACCUGCUGGAGGAGCAGAGGGAAGGGGCCCGAGCCAAUGACAAGAAGAAGAGCCUCAUGGGAGGGCCGCUGUCCGAGCUGGACGCAAAAGACGUAGACUCGCUGCUGAAGAAAUCCGAAUCCCAGCACGACUCGCCGGAAGAUGGUUGUCCCUUUGGUCCUCUCACCCAGCGGUUGCUUCAGGCCCUUGUAGAGGAGAACAUUAUAUCCCCCAUGGAGGAUUCUCCCAUACCGGACAUUUCAGGGAAGGAUGCUAACGACGGAGCGGGGACUUCUCCUCGGAGUCAGGGGAAAGCUUUUAGCGUCCCUCACACGCGGUCCCUGGAGGCGCGCAUCAAGGAGGAGCUGAUAGCUCAGGGGCUGCUGGACUCCGAGGAGCGACCCGGACAAGGAGGAGACUCUGAGGACGAGGUCCUCGCCGAGCUGCAGAAGAGACAGGCGGAGCUCAAAGCGCUGAUCGCCCACAACCGAGCCAGGAAGCAGGAGCUGCUCCGGCUGGCAAAGGAAGAGAUGCGCAAGCAGGAGCUGAGGCAGAGGGUGAGGGUGGCGGACAACGAGGUGAUGGAGGGAUUCCGGCGGAUCAUGGCGGCCAGGCAGAAGAAGCGCACGCCGACCAAGAAGGAGAAAGAUCAGGCGUGGAAGGCGCUGAAGGAGAGGGAAAGCAUUCUCAAGUUGUUAGAUGGAUAAAAGAAGCAGCGUCCUCCUUUGCUUUUCUUCUUCUCUUUUACCCACAGCUCGGCCCGUCCUCACAGACGCAGACAGCAGAAACUUUCCCGUAGAGUAUAGUUUUAUGUGGAGUAGUUCUAAUAGCAUGGAAGUCCAUUUUGAUACUCGGCCUUGAGUAAAUGUCUUUUUGUACAGUAUUUGUUGGAAUUUGUUUUCUGUGUUGCCCCCUUUUUUUUUAUGAUUGUCAUGGUAAAAAAAUACACCACUAUUGGGUAUGAAACAGAACAGCUAAAUGUUUUUUUUUAAAUAACGACUGUACAGACAAGUCUGAGGAAAAAGUGCAUGUUCUGCAGUCUCUUCCUCAGGACACACAACAUGAGGCUGGUAACAAACUGUCCCACCUUCUCCAGUAAUAAAGAUCAAACGUGUUGUGGCUUUU